AUGAAUGCAGACGAGAUCACAUUCGUAAAACUAUAUUCUUUACAAAUUUUAGGCUAAUAAUUAUUCUGAAACAAUAUUUUAAGAUCGAUAAUUACGAUUUGCUUAUCAUUCACCAUUAAGAUCUUAAUCUCAAUUUUGUGUUUAAAAGAGUAAAUCUCAAUAUAUACCAAAUGUAUCGAAUGUAGCAAGAGUAAGAAUUAUGAGCAAACUUGAAAUGCUAGAUUCCUUAAAUAAGGUGCAAACAGCAAAAUUAUGUAAGUGAGAUUUCGUUAAAUUUGAGCUCAAAAAUGAUCCUCCUAUGAAUUCAUAAAAAUCUAACAAAACAGAUAUACUUUCUAAAGUUGCUUAAUUAGUCAAGAAAUUAUAACAUAGAGAAUUACCACAUAAAAUGAUAGAAGCAACUGUUUUAUCUCGUAAAACAUCAAUUCCAAAAAAUACAAAAUUGCUUCUUUAAUAGGAACAUAUUGUGAAAUAAAUUACUAUUACUCAAAGAACCAAAGGAAAAUAAUAGAACUAAAGUUAGUGUUAAUAACAUCAUGAAUCAUAUAAUGUAGAACUAUUAAGAAGAAGCCCUGAAUAAAAAGAUAAAAAAACAGAAGAUAAUAUUGAAUACAAAAUUGUAUANUAUUUGCAAAAAUAAAAAGGGAAAUUUUAAGAAGGAAAAAAAAAAUUUAAAAGAGCUUUAGAAACAAAUCAAAUAAUAAAACAUUAGAGAAACUAAUAUUUACUAUGAAUAAUUAUAGAAUGAAUUAUAUAGGAAAGCUUUAUUAAAGUUAGAAGAAGGAGAUAUAUCUAUUAAAUAAAAAAUUAUUAAAGCAUACCGAGAUAUAGAACCCUUAGUAACUGAUUCAGCCUUUAAGUAUGCUUAAAGAUAUUGUCAAAAAUAUGAAAUAAUUGAUAUAAAUCAAAUUAUUUUAUUAUACAAAAUUCUACUUCUACCAGAAGAAGUUUUAAGUAAGUUUGUUAAAGUUGAAGAUAAAGGUAUAUUAAGAUAAGAAUAUAAAUUUUAUGCUAUGAACAUACAUCCUGAUAAAAAUAAACAUCAAAAAGCUUUAUUUGCCUUUUAAAAAAUGAAAAAAUAUUGGAAUGAUAUUCCUAACUAGUCUCAUAAUUGA